UUGAAAUUAGAUGUCCCCUAUCCGCCAACGAUAAGAUUAACUAGCUCAGAUGUUUUCGAUAAUAAGGGUAAGCCCCAAAUCGACAAAUUAAAGCAACAUUUUACACUUGAGGGUCGUGUUACAGACGAUGUUGCGCUAAAAUUGAUAAAUGAUGGCGCUGCUCUACUACGAGAAGAAAAGAAUAUCCUUGAAAUAGAGGCUCCCGUAACAGGUAUUAUUUAUAUAGAGCCUUUCGUAUACAUUAAUUUUUUUAUUAUACCACUAACUUACUCUUUUUUUGUAAAUUGUAAAUUUUCAAUAUGUUUAUUAUAUUUCCUUCUUAACUUACUUUCCACCCUUGUAUUAAUAACGUAUAUAAUCUAA